CAUCAACACCAUUAAUCUUAGGAUCCCCACUUCAGUUUUAAGAAAAGUUUAACAUGUAUCACUUCAAAAAGGAAUCUUGCUCCUCAUUUAUCAAAUAUGAAUGGAUUAAUUGUUGGACUAUUAUAUUAACACCCAACCAAAAAAUAAAAUAAAAAAUUCAGAACUCCAUGUCCGGGCAAUUGAACGAACAAUUUCUGAAUGUCGAAGAACUAAGCAAAAGCAGAUCAACGUUCAAAUGGAUUGCAUUGGUGAGGAGGUGUUCAAAAAACGGCGAAGACUCUGCAUUGCUCUGGCAAGGGAGAUUGACAACAAGAAUGAAAAGUUGCUGGAGAUGGAGCGUACAAUGAAAGAGAAGGACAUCCUGCUUAAAGAAGCUCUUGAAGCAAAGCAAAGCUUCAAGCUAGAACUUGAAAAGCUGAAGAGCAGGAUGGAAUUCCAAAAGAAAGAACUUGAGCAGCAAGGCAAGGAAGAAUUCAAUCACUGGCAAGCAACGGUAGUUGCACAAGGCAGAAAGCAAGAGAACAGUGAUAUGGGAUGUGUAGUGGAAUCUCAGAAGAUGAACUUAGAGCAAGCAAUCAAUGAAAUCGAGAAAUUUGACUCCAAAACUGACCUCAAUGGACAGCAUACCAUGGGUAACAAGGAUGAGCUUAUGCAAUUGAAGGUAUAUUUGAAAGCCUUGGAAGAUAAAGUUUCUGACAUGGAAGAUGAACAUCAAGCUCUCAUCACUAAAGAGCGCAUGAUGAAUGAUGAACUUCAAGAUGCUCGCAAAGAAGCUAUAAGAGCUUUGCAGGGCUUGUCCACUCACCACCUCAGAAAGUUCCAAAUCAAAAGAAUGGGACAGAUUGAUACAAAACCAUUUGAAGCUUUGUUCUCAAAUAAGUGCUCUAGUGAAGACUGGAACGCAGAAGCUAUAAAACUAUGUUCACUGUGGGAAGAAAAUGUGCGAAGUGCAAACUGGCAUCCUUUUAAGAGAGUUGAAAACCGUGGAAGAUUGAUUGAAAUUAUAGAUGACAAUGAUGAAAAGCUGAAAGAGCUAAGGAGUGAAUAUGGGGAAGAUGUCUUCAAGGCCGUAGCAAAUGCACUGAUGGAAUUGAACGAGUACAAUCCCAGUGGAAGAUAUCCAGUUUCUGAAUUGUGGGACUGUCAGAAAGGAAGAAAAGCUAGCUUGAAGGAGAUCAUUGAGUACAUUUCGAACAAACUGAAGACACUACAACCCAAAAGGAAGAGAUCGUGACUUUUCCAUGAUCCACCGUCCCGUUCCAAGCAGUAAUCUCCUUUAGUUUACUAAUCCUAUAACGUCUUAUGUUCCCAUAACGUCCAGCAUCACAUAGUUUACGUGCCAAAGAUCAUGACAAUUAAAUUUGCCUUACAUGUUGUGUUUUCGUCUUAUUCCUUUGGAUUGAUUUCCUCUGUUUUCAAUUAUAAUUAACAGCAAAAGAUG